GAAAAGAAAACGAACCAGGCACUAUUCGGAAGUGUGAUUGGCUGUUGCUAGGAACCGUCUCAAGGCCUUAUGGGCCCUGGUUACGGAAGCCGAGGAAGGCUGAGAGCGGUCUCUCCAGGAAAGUAGUCGCGGAAUCUCAGUUAGCGGUGGAGAGGCGGUAUGUCCGGUUCAAUGGCGACUGCGGAAGCUAGCGGUAGCGAUGGGAAAGGGCAGGAAGUCGAGACCUCAGUCACCUAUUACCGAUUGGAGGAGGUGGCAAAGCGCAACUCCUUGAAGGAACUGUGGCUUGUGAUCCAUGGGCGAGUCUACGAUGUCACCCGCUUCCUCAACGAGCACCCUGGAGGAGAAGAGGUUCUGCUGGAACAAGCUGGUGUAGAUGCAAGUGAAAGCUUUGAAGAUGUAGGACACUCCUCUGAUGCCAGAGAAAUGCUAAAGCAGUACUAUAUUGGUGAUAUCCAUCCGAGUGACCUUAAACCUGAAAAUGGUAGUAAGGACCCUUCAAAACAUGAUACAUGCAAAAGUUGCUGGUCAUACUGGAUUUUACCCAUCAUAGGCGCUGUUCUCUUAGGUUUCCUGUACCGCUACUACACAUCGGAAAGCAAAUCCUCCUGAGGAGGCCUUGCUGAAGUUGGAAAGUGCAUCCAUUUUGGGGUGAAAACUAGAGACUUGCUUGGGGGCUGCAGAAGUGCCCUCUUCUUGAAUCCUGCCAGUUGCAUUCUUCCCCCUUGGAGCCAAGACGAUUGGCCAGACAUCCACCUCAGAUCUGGGACCAGUGUUCUCCAUCUCUCAGAGCCUUACUCCCAAAGUACCUGCUCACUGUUCUGUGUCAAAUGAUUGCCGGUGUUUCCUCUCUUCACUGGUUUCCAUGAGUACCCUUAUAUUUCAAAACUUCCUGUUCAUAAGUUAUAGUGACAUUGCUCUUUCGUAAAAAUGCCUGCUUUCCAAUACUUUGAUUGCACAUUAGACAUUCUUAACAGGGCGGCAGUCUAGUGUUGAAACUUUUAUUUUUUCAUUUUUCUUUUAAGUAAAUUUUUAAAAAAAUUUCUGAUUUAGGGCUGGGUGCGGUGGCUCAGGCCUGUAAUCCUAGCACUUUGGGAGGCCAAGGUGGGAAGAUCGUUUGAGGCCAAGAGUUUGAGACCAGCCUGGGCAACAUAGC